AUCAUUUUGUGACCUGUUUUGGGGGAAGCAAUUCAAGCAGGAGAUGACCAAGGAGUCCAGAGAAGGGCCACUCCAAUGGCCAGUAUAGAUGAUCUUUAUCAUAGGGGAGAUAUUUGCUUCUCUCCUCAUUCUUUUGGCUCUUCCACAGCUCCUCACAUGCAUCGCAACGCAGAGAUCAGCAAGCCCAAGGCGCCCAGUGUCCAGGAGCCAUCCCAUGCGCACUCCACUGGCCAGCCCUCCACAUCCCGAGCUGUGAAGAAGAUCCCCUCCCCUGGAGAAAGCGAGGAGAGCACCAAGGGGCAGCAUGCACAUGCCCGACUGCAGAAUUCCUCUUUUGAGAAAGUGGGCAGGAAGAAGCGCCCGAUCCCCAAGAUCAUCGUGACGGGGCCCUCGGAGGAGCUGAUCAUCAGCAGCCUCUCGGACGUCCUCCCCGAGACCAAGACCAUCCGUGACAGCGAGGACUACGGACCCUACACUGUCCACUCCAGGCCCAGCACCGUGGACGCCUACAGGAACAGGGACAGCGAGCAAGAUCUGUGAGGGACUCGCCAAGGUCAUCAAUCCACUUGGUCCUGGACCCCAUCCCUCAAUAAAUGGGAAAUCUAUUACCAAGGGGGUCCUUGGGUGGUUUCACAUUCCCCGAUAUCUCCGGCGGGUGCAGAAGGGAGGAACUGGAUGAUGCGCUUCCAAAUAAAUAUGUUUGGUUAAUGUUCCCCAGUCAGUCCCAGUUGAUUCCAGUUGACUCUCUCUGCUGCAGUAAGGCUGGGCAAAGGGAAGGCAAUGUUGGGCAAGUGGGCUUAUUAACAAAAUACCCUCCUCAUAAAUAUAUAGCAGAGUAACUUAUUAGCAGCAUCAUGACCCAUCACCAGUAGUCCAAAGUGAUAAAAAGAACAAAAACACACAGACUGUUAUCUCUUCCAUAGGAGGCUUUUCUUUUUAGCAAAAUAAUAUGGUUGCACUAUUUACUAGAAGAAGAUUUCCAUAAUACAAAUAAAGUUCUUUAUACUUCCUUCUUUGCUUCCACACUGGGCUUCUUUCUCAUGCCGAUAAACAGCUUCACUCUCACAGAGCCUCUUCUCACACUGAACUUUCACAGAAGCUUCACACACAGCAGCCUUCACACUGGAGCUUCACACAGUAGCUUUACACAGGAUGG